CACACACACAUAGACACACCACACACUGAGCAUUACAGCUCAAACUGCAAAGCACCCCCUUGUCCAGGGGUGGGGAAAGAUCUGAAUGGCUGUAUAUAAACCAUCUCUUCUUUAUUUGCAAGGAACAAGAAAAGCAACCCUUGCCCUUGUGCAAUUAAUCUUUUUUGUUCUGAGUCACUGACUUUGAUUGUGCGGAAAGAGGAAAAGAGAAAGAAAGAGAGAGAGAGUGUGUACGACGUGCAAAAAGAAAAGAGAACUGGAUGAAUGAAACCACAGAGAUAGAGAGGAGGCACAGAUACAACCAACAACCGCAGGGAAACUUCUGAUGUCUGACCUUGGCUACUGACAAGAUGAUUCUCUGUUCAUAUCACUACGGAAUCUUCAUCAUCACUUUUUUGAAUUGCCUUUUGGGAGAAUCGUUGACACUGAACCUCGAGGAUCCAAAUGUGUGCAGCCAUUGGGAAAGCUAUUCAGUGACUGUGCAAGAAUCCUACGCUCAUCCUUAUGAUCAAGUGUAUUAUACCAGUUGCACUGACAUAUUAAACUGGUUCAAGUGCACAAGACACAGAAUAAGUUACCGAACAGCUUACAGACGUGGUGAGAAAACAAUGUACCGACGUCGUUCCCAGUGCUGCCCAGGAUUUUAUGAAAGCCGAGAGCUAUGCGUCCCUCACUGUGCUGAUAAGUGCGUUCAUGGACGUUGCAUUGCUCCCAACACCUGUCAGUGCGAGCCUGGCUGGGGAGGGCUCAACUGCUCCAGUGCAUGUGAUAGCAAACAUUGGGGCCCUCAUUGUAACAACCGCUGUCAGUGCAAGAAUGGAGCUUUGUGUAAUCCUAUCACUGGAGCAUGCAUUUGCACACCUGGCUACAAAGGCUGGCGAUGUGAGGAGAUCUGUGACCCAGGCACAUAUGGAAAUGGAUGCCAUUUAAAAUGUCAGUGUCAAAAUGGGGCAACCUGUGACCACAUGACCGGCGAAUGCAAAUGCCCUCCGGGAUACACUGGCGCAUUCUGUGAGGAUCUGUGCCCGCCCGGCAAACAUGGCACACAGUGUGAAGAGCGAUGUCCUUGCCAGAAUGGAGGAAUAUGUCACCACGUCACAGGAGAAUGCUCUUGCCCAGCUGGGUGGAUGGGAAUGGUUUGUGGUCAACCUUGUUCUGAAGGAAAAUACGGAGUCAACUGCACCAAAGAAUGCCAGUGCCACAAUGGAGGACAAUGUAACUCAGCCACUGGCUAUUGCCAGUGUGCAGCUGGCUACACAGGGGAGAGAUGUCAAGAUCAAUGUUCCUUUGGUACCUAUGGAGUGAAUUGCACUCAGAAAUGCAAGUGCUCCAAUGGAGGAAAGUGUUACCACAUUAGCGGUACCUGUCUAUGUGAGCCAGGCUUCACUGGAGACUACUGUGAGAUCAGGAUGUGUCCCAAAGGAAUAUAUGGAAUAAAGUGUGACAAAAAGUGCCCCUGCCACUCACAGUAUACUUUGAGCUGUCAUCCCAUGUCUGGUGAGUGUUCGUGCAAACCUGGAUGGUCUGGACUGUACUGCAAUGAAACAUGUGCUCCUGGAUUUUAUGGUGAAUCUUGCCAACAAAUCUGCAGCUGCCAGAAUGGUGCUGACUGUGACAGUGUAACUGGCAAAUGCAUCUGUGCACCAGGAUAUAAGGGUCGCAACUGCUCAGUUCCUUGUCCUCCUGGGAUGAACGGAGUUAACUGCUCCUCUACCUGCAAAUGCAAAAAUAAAGCUACCUGCUCGCCCAUAGAUGGUUCAUGCAGUUGCAAGGAAGGUUGGCAUGGAGUUGAUUGCUCAAUUCCUUGUCCCAGUGGUAGAUGGGGUCUUGGCUGUAACUUUACCUGUCGGUGUGCCAAUAGAGGAUCCUGCAAUGCCUUGGAUGGUUCCUGCACUUGUUUACCAGGAUGGCAAGGGGAGAAAUGCACCCUUCCAUGUCAGGAUGGGUUCUAUGGAAUGAACUGUGUCGAACGCUGUGACUGUAGUCAUGCAAAUGGAUGCCACCCAGUCACUGGGUACUGCCGGUGCUCUGGAUGGACAGGUAUGCAUUGUGACAGCAUCUGCACAGAAGGUCGCUGGGGUCCAAAUUGUACUUUGCCGUGUAACUGCAAAAAUGAGGCUUCCUGUUCACCUGAUGAUGGGACCUGUGAGUGUGCGCCUGGCUACAGGGGAACCACUUGCCAGAGAAUUUGCUCACCUGGAUUUUAUGGACAUCGUUGUAGCCAGGCCUGUCCUCACUGCGUACACAGUAACGGGCCCUGUCAUCACAUAACUGGCCAGUGUGACUGCUUACCUGGCUUUACAAAUGCUCUUUGCAAUGAAGUUUGUCCCAGUGGUCGAUUUGCAAAGAACUGUGCUAGUGCCUGCACUUGCACAAACAAUGGAACAUGUAAUCCCAUUGAUGGAUCGUGCCAAUGCUAUCCAGGGUGGAUUGGCAGCGACUGCUCUCAACCUUGCCCUCCUGGCCACUGGGGACCGAACUGCAUCCACACCUGCAACUGCCACAACGGAGCUUACUGCAGUGCCUAUGAUGGGGAAUGCAAGUGUACACCUGGGUGGACUGGGCUGUACUGCACUCAGAGAUGUCCGUUAGGUUAUUAUGGAAAAGACUGUGCUGAGCUUUGUUACUGCCAAAAUGGAGCGGAUUGUGAUCACAUAUUAGGCCAGUGCACCUGCCGCAUUGGAUUUAUGGGCAAACAUUGCGAGCAAAAAUGUCUCUCAAGUACCUAUGGCUAUGGCUGUCGUCAGGUGUGUGACUGUCUAAACAAUUCAACGUGUGACCAUAUUAAAGGGACUUGUUACUGCAGCCCAGGAUGGAAGGGUGCACGGUGUGACCAAGCUGGUGUUAUAAUUGUGGGAAACCUCAAUAGCUUGAGUCGGACCAGCACUGCUAUUCCUGCUGAUUCUCACCAGAUUGGAGCCACGGUGGGAAUCGUCAUUCUUCUCCUGAUUGUUCUCUUCCUGCUGGGAAUGUUCAUCAUAUACAGACGGAGGCAGAAGGGCAAAGAGACCAACAUGGCUGCUGUUACGUACACACCUGCACUCAGGGUUAUGAACACAGAUUACACAAUUUCAGAGAAUAUGCCACAGGGUAAUAUUGGAAAUGGAAAUAGUCACUAUUUCUCCAAUCCGAGCUACCACACCUUGGCACAAUGUGGAGGGCCACAUCAUAGCAACAACUGUGAACGCAGCGUAUCAGGAAAGACAAAAAACAAUCAAUUGUUUGUAAACAUCAAAAACCUGAAGACCCAAGGGAAACCAAGCCCAUGUAUGGAUUACACAGCAACUCUGCCUGCGGACUGGAAGCAAGGAGGCUAUCUGAAUGAUUUAGGUGCUUUUGGAAUUGACCGAGGAUUUGUUGGAAAAUCUCUUAAAGAUCUGGUGAAGAGUUCGGGAUGCAAUUCCAGCAACUGUUCACUGAACAGCACUGAGAACCCUUAUGCUACCAUCAAAGAUCCUCCAGUCUUCACGUCUAAAAACUCAGAAUGUGGCUACGUUGAGAUGAAGUCUCCAGCUCGCAGAGAUUCACCUUAUGCUGAAAUUGGGAACUCUGCCUCGGCCACUAAAAAUGUCUAUGAAGUUGGUAUGUGUGACUUUAUCUCUAUGAAUUAUAAGUGUCAGCUCGGUACAACUGGUAAUAUCGCUGCCGUUGGGCCAGAAGGUUGUUAG